UUGCUUCGCUUUCGCUUCUCUCUGUCGAACGCGACGAACUCAUAGUCCGCAACAGAUAUCCGCGAUCGUCCUCAAAUUAUAAAUCUGAAACUGUCUCUUCUCCUUGCACCGAAUGGCUCCAUCCCCGAAAUCAACUCCUGAAGCCAAUGCCAACAGCAAUAAUGAUGGGAAGUAUCCUGAUGUUAACUGGGAAGAAAUGGGAUUUUCUUUGACUCCAACUGACUACAUGUAUGUGAUGAAAUGUUCUAUUGGUGAGAAAUUUUCUCAGGGAAGUCUGAUUCCUUAUGGUAAUAUUGAGCUAAGCCCUUGUUCCGGUAUCCUCAAUUACGGACAGGGACUGUUUGAAGGCCUGAAGGCAUACAGGAAGGAAGAUGGUCGGAUUCUGCUUUUCCGACCUGAACAGAAUGCUUUGAGGAUGAAGGCAGGUGCAGAGAGAUUGUGCAUGCCUUCACCUUCUAUUGAGCAGUUUGUUGGUGCAGUGAAGCAAACUGUCCUGGCCAAUGAACGUUGGGUGCCUCCUUUUGAGAAGGGAUCCAUGUAUCUAAGGCCUUUGCUCAUGGGAAGUGGCCCUUCUCUGGGAUUAGGGCCAGCGCCGGAAUACACAUUCUUAAUCUAUGCUUCUCCUGUUGGAAGCUAUCAUAAGGGCCAGAGGUCGCUGAACCUGGUGGUUGAGGAGAAGCAGCAUCGAGCUUCUUCUGGUGGAACGGGAGGCAUUAAGACUGUGGCCAACUAUUCACCAGUUUUGAAUGCACUAAGUAGAGCAAAGGCGCAAGGUUUUUCCGAGGUUCUUUUCCUGGAUGCUGCCACUGGAAAGUACAUUGAUGAGGCUUCUGCAUGUAACAUUUUUUCUGUGAAGGGAAAUAGCAUAUCAACUCCCCCAACACAUGGAACGAUCCUUCCUGGUAUCACGAGGAAAAGCAUAAUUGAAAUUGCUGGUACUCUUGGUUACCAGGUUGAGGAACGUCCUGUCGCAAUUGAUGAAUUGCUGGACGCCGAUGAAGCUUUCUGUACAGGAACUGCCGUAGUUGUCACAUCCAUUGGAAGUGUAACUCAUCAGGGUAGAAGGAUUGAUUACAAAACACAAGCAGAUACAGUUUGUCAGAAGUUGCAUGAAAUCUUAACUGGGAUUCAAAUGGGUAGGCUUGCAGAUACCAAGGGCUGGAUGGUGGAGGUCAAUUGAGCUGUUGUUGUCUGUCAGUUUUAUGUUGUAGAAAGACCUCCAACCAAGGUCUGCUCGCUUUUCAUAGAAUGAGCGUGCUAGUUUGAUAAUGUAAGGUUAGUGGGCGACAAAUUUGGGAGCAAAGAGAUGCCGAUAUGGAUCUAUGGAUUUUGUACUGCAAGGGCUUCAAGUACAAGGGAUGCUUCUUUGUUAGUUUUCUGCUACACACUCAAAUGGAGAGGGCUAGGCUAUUUACGGCCUUACUCUUCUUUCAUUAACUCUACCAACUUCAUGCUCCUUCAGCCAAAUAACACAACUAACACUUAGUCUAGA